GGGAGCACAUAGUGAACUAAUACUUUAAUUUGCUAUCUAGUGAUUUGGAGCACCUGCGUCAAAAAGAAAAGGACCAGCAAACCGAGAAUCACAACCUGGCAAGUCAGUCACAGACGAUGAUGUCGCUCAACAUGCAACUCCAGUCGACUGUCAUGAAAGCUCAAGCCAAAGCCAUUGACUUGGAACUUCGCAAACUUGAGGCUGCUCAAGCAAAUGAUCGCCUCAGUUACAUUCAGCCAUAUUUGCCAGAUGCCUUCUUCAAAUCCGAAAAUGAUCCAAUUUCUUGCUUGUUGCUGUUCAAGCGCUUGGUAUUCAAAUCUGAAUUGAUUAUCAAGCAUCUUGAUCAAAGCCAUCCAAUCAGUGAAAAGAUUAUGGAUAAUGUAUCGGAAAGCCUGGUUUCGGUCUGCGAGCUACGACAAAAAGCAGCAUGGUUGGGCGAUUUGGCCAAGCGAUUUGUCACGUUUGUCAAGCAUUGUACACCUGAGGAAUUUUCGGAAAUGGCUCGGGUGUACCAUGAUUUAGUUGGCUCUGAACGAAGAUUGAAUGCUCUUGUAGAGUUCUUUAGAACUGAAGAAUCCAAUGAUAACGAAUCCGUGGUGGAUCUCCAAAGAAUCAUUGCUCACCUGGAGCACCUGGCUGAAGUUUACCUCGUUCAAAGCAGCGAUACGGGCAACGCUGACUUGUUCUUUAGCUUGACCAGAGCAUUUGACAUGAACUCAGACAAGAUGAUGGUUGAGUUGACGUUUGUGAAACAGAUUGUGUACAAUGCAAACAAGGCUGAAGCCAUGACAAUUAUCGAAGGUCCAGAGCGUCUUGAUUAUGACUACAUGGAGCCCCUUGGACGUCUUGUCACUGAAACGAAGAACUGCAAGAUGGUUGCAAGGAAAUUGUUGCGACAGUUGGAUGAUCUUGCAGAGCAAGCAUUGACGCCAAAAGCGGAGCAUUUGCAUAAGUUCAGAACCAUGUACGCCUUAAGCGCCAAACUGAGCCAAUUUUGCUUUGAGACGCUGAAACAAAUUCUGGGUUACCUGGACAACAAGCGUACCAACAGAGAACAUAUCACUCUGGGCGAGGUUCAAGGCAUUAUUUACAACAAAUGCGAUGAUAUUCUUGAUAUUUCUGAGACGACAAUGUGGGAUGGUUGUUUGAAGAUGCUCAAGUCUCUUUCCAGUGAGCUAGCCACGACCCUGAAAAGAAUCGAACACGAUAACCGUAUGGAUAAGAUUGCCACGGGUAUCCCGCCAUGGGUCCAACGUGCUUCUGACAUGAAGGCAGAAGUUGUCAUUAACCAUGACAUGGAACGCAAGCUCCAACAGCACAGUGAAGAGAUCUUCAAGUUGAUCAAGGACAUCAAAUCCAAGGAUCAAGCUUUACAAGAAGCAAACAUCAGAGUAGAACUACUCGAGCGACGCAUGGAGGCAGCCAAGAAGGAUACAGAGCAAUUCCAUGCGCUUGAAGAAAGCCUUGAAAAGGCAAAGGCUCAGACCCAAAUGUAUAGCGAAGCAAUGGAGAAUUUGCAGACCGAGUACGAAGCUCUCGAGCAAGAAAACAAUCAACUCAAAAAAGUUGCAGCAGCAACAACCCAGAAGGAGGAUAAACGACUAUCGAUUCCUCGCAAGCCAAGUGGCUAUGACACCAGUAAUAGUAGCAUCGUCGAAGAAGAAACGGUUGUGGGAGAGCUGUCAGACGCUGCUGAGUAUGCCGAUAUGCACAAUCAUAUGGAAAUUCUCAAGGCAGGCAUUCGGUACCUCCGAGCCGAAAAUGCACACCUCAAGCGCUGCGACCUUGCACGGUCGCUCAAACUGGAACAGCUUCCACCCAUUCAAGGGUCGCUCAAUUCCGCUGCUGUUGAGAUAGGGGAGGAGGACGAGGAGGAGAAUGAGAAUGACCAAGAACGGGCAGCAACAAAGGAACCAGAAGCACGCGAUAUGGUGCGGUCUCUCGCAACAGAGACGCGCGUCCUUCUGAAAGAUCUGCGGACAGCAAGCGCGUCGCCCAAGGUUGUUGCGCUAAGCGAGCGUGGUCGUCGCUCUGGAGAAUGGCGCAGCAUGAAAAAGACACCCGAUUAUCAAUACCAAACCCAGCAGUCAGUGUUGUACACGCUCAAGCAGCGUAGUGAGCAGCUCAAAGACAAGCUAAAGCAGCUUCAAUACACAACCACUGACAAUGAGACAACAACGAUGGUACACGGAGCAAUACAGGUAGCAGCAUUGCUGGUUAGAGGCUGUCAGGAGAACCUGGUUUCUAACGAAAUACUUUAUAUUCCCCCACACACUCUCUAUAGCCGUUACAGCGUCCACUGAACUACUUGACGCAGUCCAUCGCCAAAGUCCAGAUACCCCGCUUGUCGAGCAAUGUAACUUCUUCCUCAGCAAAUACUACUACCACU